GACGCUCUUUAAAAUCCCUCCCUAUUCUCUUGAUUGCCCUAUUUCAAAUUCAGAAAAUUGUAGUGUGAUUCUGCAUUUCUGCUGUGUCUCUCUCAUCAUCACUCUCAGCUCAGAAUAUCUUUUGAAAACCAAGCUUAAACCCUAGCCCUCAAUCCACGCACUGAGUGUGAGAUGGCAGUGGAGUGGAACGCCGAAACCCUACAAUUCCUGUCCCAGUGUUUCAUCAACACACUCUCGCCGCUUCCAGAGCCCCGACGCCACGCGGAGGCUGCUCUGGCGGAGGCUGCCGAUCGGGCUAACUAUGGGCUGGCGGUUCUCCGGCUGGUAGCGGAGCCAGCUGUCGAUGAGCAGAUCCGCCAAUCUGCUGCUGUUAACUUCAAGAACCACCUCAAAGCUCGCUGGGCGCAGAAUCCCGACGAUCCUGACCGGGUUGUCGUGCCUGACACGGAGAAGGACCAAAUUAAAGGUUUGAUAGUCAGGCUGAUGGUUACUGCCACGCCUAAAAUUCAAGCUCAGCUUAGUGAAGCUUUGACUGUGAUUGGGAACCAUGAUUUCCCAAAACAAUGGCGUGCUUUGUUGCCUGAAUUAGUUGUGACAUUGGAUGAAUUGAGUCAGGCAAAUGAUUAUGUUUCAGUCAAUGGAGUUUUAGCUACGGUUGAUUCUUUGCUGAAGAAGUUUAGGUACGAGUAUACGACAAAUGAUCUCUUGCUCGAUCUUAAGUAUUGUCUUGAUAACUUUGCUCGCCCACUGUUGGAAGUGUUUCAGCGGACUGCAAGGUACCUAGACCAUGCUGUGGCUUCUGGCUCUGCAAAUGCUUCUGUUCUAAAGGGUUAUAUAGAGUCUCAGACAUUAUGUUGUUGGAUUUUUCAUUCGUUUAAUUAUAUGGAUUUACCAGAGUUUUUUGAGGAUCAUAUGAAUGAAUGGAUGGUUGAGUUUAAUAAAUAUUUGACAAUGAAAUAUCCUGCUUUAGAAGAUAGUGGAAGUGAAGGGCUUGCGGUAGUUGAUGACUUGAGAGCUGUGGUUUGUGAGAAUAUUAGCCUGUAUACGAAGAGAGAUGAGGAGACGUUUCAGAGGUAUUUGGCUGGGUUUGUGGAGGCUGCGUGGGGACUCUUAGUGGCCACCUCGAAUUCUUCUAGUCGGGAGGGUCUCACUGUGACUGCAAUUAAGUUUUUGACGACGGUGAGUACAAGUUUUCAUCAUACAUUGUUUGCAAGGGAUGAUAUUUUGCAGCAGAUUUGUCAGAGUAUAGUGAUUCCUAAUGUGAUGCUAAGGGAUGAAGAUGAGGAGCUUUUUGAGAUGAAUUACAUCGAGUUCAUCAGAAGAGAUAUGGAAGGCAGUGACUUGGAAACUAGGAGGAGGAUCGCUUGUGAACUCCUCAAGGGAAUUGCUUUGAACUAUAAGGAGAGGGUUGCUGAAAAGGUUUCUGCUCAGAUACAGAGUCUUCUAGCCUCAUUUUCACAGAACCCGGCCGUUAACUGGAAGCACAAAGAUUGCGCUAUUUAUUUGGUUGUGUCCCUUGCCACAAAGAAAGCUAGUGGCACCUCGAUUUCCACCGACCUUGUUGAUGUUGAGAGCUUCUUUGGGUCUGUUAUUGUUCCAGAGCUGCGAAGUCAAGAUGUUGAUGGAUUUCCGAUGUUGAAAGCUGGUUCAUUAAAAUUCUUCACUAUGUUCAGGAACCAGAUCCCAAAAGCUGUUGCAGUCUCACUGCUUCCUGAUGUUGUCCGCUUCCUGGUCUCUGAGUCAAAUGUGGUUCAUUCAUAUGCCGCCAGCUGCAUUGAGAAACUCCUGCUAGUUAAGGAUGAAGGUGGGAGGGCUAGAUAUUCUGCUGAAGAUAUUAGCCCAUUUCUGCUAGCAUUAAUGACCAAUCUUUUUGGUGCCUUGCAAAAGCCAGAAUCUGAGGAGAACCAUUAUGUGAUGAGGUGCAUUGUGAGGGUUCUUGGAGUUGCUAAUAUUUCACAUGAGGUUGCUUUACCUUGCAUCAAUGGUCUGGCAACUGUUCUAAAGAGAGUUUGUGAAAACCCAAAAAACCCUGACUUUAAUCAUCAUCUUUUUGAUUCGGUGGCUCUUUUAAUUAGGAGGGCUUGUGAGCAAGACCCAUCUAUAAUUUCUGCUUUUGAAACAAGCUUACUGCCCAUCCUACAGGUGAUCUUAUCCAGAGAUAUUACUGAGUUCUUCCCUUAUGCGUUCCAGCUAUUAGCUCAGCUUGUGGACUUCAACCGAUCUCCUUUACCAGCGAAUUAUAUGGACAUUUUUGCAAUACUUCUUCUUCCAGAUUCAUGGAAAAAGUCUGCAAAUGUACCUUCUCUUGUUCGCUUGCUCCAGGCUUUCCUCCGGAAGGCUCCACAUGAGCUAAAUCAGCAGGGGCGUCUAUCCAAUAUCCUUGGAAUAUUUGAGAAUUUAGUUUCAUCUCGGAGUACUGCUGAACAAGGAUUUUAUGUGCUCAAUACUGUGAUUGAAAAUCUUGGUUAUGAUGUUGUCUCUGCCUACAUUAGCCAUAUAUGGUUUACCCUGUUUCAGCGGCUGCAAAACAACAAAACAAUAAAGAUGGUCAAGUCUCUUAUUAUAUUCAUGGCAAUUUUUCUGGUGAAGCAUGGUCCUGAGAAACUUGUUGGCUCGAUGAAUGCCGUGCAGCCUGAUGUUUUCUUCCAAAUUUUGGAGAAAGUUUGGAUACCUGACCUCAAGUCAAUCACAGGUUCAAUGGAGCUGAAGUUAACUUCAGUAGCUUCAACUAGGAUCUUAUGCGAGUCUCUGUCACCAUCACAUUCAGAACGUUGGGGAAAAAUGCUUGACAGCAUUGUUACUCUCCUUUCACGUCCCGAGGAGGACAGAGUGGAAGAGGAGCCUGAGGAACUAGAUUUUAGUGAAACUAUUGGUUCUAAUGCUGCACGUUUCCAGUUGCGCAAUGCUGGGAGAAAAGAUGAGGAUCCUUUGCCAGACAUCAAAGAUCCAAAGCAAUUUUUGGUUGCAUCUUUGGCAAAUUUUUCUGCUCGCUCCCCUGGAACAUUGCCUCAGAUCAUUGCAGGAAAUCUUGAUUCAGCUAAUCAAGCUGCUUUACUUCAACUUUGCAGCUCCUACAAUCUCACCAUAGUUUAAGGAUAAUAUACCUUGUGAUCAUGUUCAGAUGAUGGAAAUUGAUGUUUUCUGGUCUUAGUUGUUGUGGGUCUCGGUUUUUUCACUAUCCACUGCUCUUGCAUCCAGUCAAAUGAGUCGGUACAUCUCAAAAAUUUUCUGUUCGUGUAGGCUCAUGAGAUUUAAGUCCCCUUGGAUUGACUGUGAACAAGCACCUGUUUCAUAUGAAUUCGGUUCAAGGAGACUGUCGAUUUUCCUUGCCAUACAGUUACAUAGCUGCAUGGAACUUUUUCUUCUGUUCUGUGAUGUGAAGCAACACAGACGGAAACCGAGUUUCUUUUUUUUUUGAGGGCUAAAAUUAUUAACAGUUUGCUUGUUAUCAAGCUGUAUGUGUCAUUUUGUGUCUAUCAUUUCUUGAGAUGAAAUUUUAAUUUUCUGUUGUGCUA